CUUUGGAUAUAUAGAGAAUUAAAAGUCAGCAACUUGCAGAAGAGUUUUCUAAUGAAAUAUGGAAAUUAAUAUGGAAAUUGGGUAUUUCAUCAAUUAACACACCACCACAAACAAAGUUUUUUAAAAAUCGGAAAACAAGAAAGAAAGAAAAAGAACCGGCCAAAUUGAACCCACACUCCCACGGUUCCUUUAAGAUGACGUGAUUAUGUAAAAGUAUGAUUCUAAAUUUCCCAAAAAUAUUGACUUUCCCACAAUUUUUUUAAUGAAUAAAAUCUAAUGUAUAGUUUUUCAUGAAUAUACAAUUAAUACAAAUAUACUUUCUUUAUUCUCCAUUAGAAUAUGUUUGAGCUUGACCAAUCCUGUUGAUCACCAUUUUCGGCCAAUUAAAUUUCUUCUAUCCCAAGCAAAUUUACUCUGUCAAACAUACUCUGCAAAACUGCAUUUCUCCCAUUAUUUUUUAUCAAUUUUAAACGCGUUUGAUUUUAUUAUCAAAUCCUAAACUAUUUAAAACCUCAUUAUUCUAUCUUUCAUACAAUUUGUAUUCAAUUUAAACCCCUUUUAAAUUCCGAUUUUCCCAAAUUUUCUGAUACCCAAAAUUUCAAAUACUCAAUUUUACAAAACCCAAAUCCCCAAAUUCCCAAAUUUUGAGAUACCCAAAUUCGUAAAGAUGAAAUCUUUGAUGAAAUUUCUUGUGUUUUCUCUGCUUUUUUCUCUGUCUCUUUGUUUCCAAGAAUCAUCUAACAGUCAUCAACUCCCAAGAAACAUGAUUCUGGAAUACCCAGAUGAUGGAGGAAAAGCAGACCAGGAAGAAGUGAAUUUACAGUGUACAAGUUGGAGGUUUGCAGUGGAGGCUAAUAACUUGAAUUCAUGGAAAACAAUCCCACAAGAAUGUGCUGAUUAUGUCAAAAAUUAUAUGAUGGGUAAAGGUUAUUUAUUGGAUCUUGAAAGGGUUUCUAAUGAAGCUGCUGUUUUUGCUAGAAGUGUGAAUGUUGAAGAAGAUAGCAAAGAUGCUUGGAUUUUUGAUAUUGAUGAAACUUUGCUCUCUAAUCUUCCCUAUUAUACUGAUCAUGGUUAUGGUUUGGAGGUGUUUGAUGGAGUGGAGUUUGAUAAGUGGGUUGGCAAGGGAAUGGCUCCAGCUAUUGAACCCAGCUUGAGGCUCUAUGAGGAGGUUUUAAGUCUGGGAUUCAAGGUUUUCCUGCUGACUGGACGUAGCGAAAAGAUGAGGGAUGUUACUGCUCAGAAUUUGAUGAAUGUAGGUUAUAAGAACUGGGACAAGCUUAUAUUGAGGGACACGGAAGACCAUGGAAAAUUAGCAACGAUAUUCAAAUCAGAGAAGAGGAGUGAGAUGAUGAAGGAGGGAUUCAGGAUCCAAGGCAACUCCGGGGAUCAGUGGAGUGAUCUGUUGGGUUUUCCAAUGUCCACUCGUUCGUUCAAGCUCCCUAAUCCUAUGUAUUACAUUCCCUAGUGAAAGACCAAAUUUAUAAUUAUAAGUAAAACUUUAAUAAUGAAAAUACUAGUCUAAAUAUUGGAGUACAACAAUUGUACAUUGUAUAGAAAUUAAUGGAUUGAAUAGUAAGGACCUCUUAUAUAACUAGAGGUGCAUUCUGUAUAUUGUGUUAGACUGUUAGCUGAUUUGGUGAAAUAACAGAAAAUAUCAAAACAAUUGACUUCCAUCAAUCAGGUGUACUUCUUUACCUUGAUGAACAAAUGGUCUUAGUGAGAGGGAUAAAGAUCUUAUUGAUCAUUUUAUGAUUA